UUCUGUGCCCUGUCUCAGGUUCUGUUUGAGUGACUUUGCAGGUUGAUAGCAUGGAGUCUCUCUUCCCCGCCCCAUUCUGGGAGGUCCUCUAUGGCAGUCACCUUCAAGGCAACCUGUCCCUUCUGAGCCCCAACCACAGCGUGCUUCCCCCCCAUCUGCUGCUCAAUGUCAGCCACAGUGCCUUCUUGCCUCUUGGGCUCAAGGUCACCAUCGUGGGGCUUUACCUGGCCGUGUGCAUCGGGGGGCUGCUGGGAAACUGCCUCGUCAUGUACGUCAUCCUCAGGCACACCAAGAUGAAGACAGCUACCAAUAUUUACAUCUUUAAUCUGGCACUGGCAGAUACCCUGGUCCUGCUCACACUGCCCUUCCAGGGCACAGAUAUCCUGCUAGGCUUCUGGCCAUUUGGGAAUGCCCUGUGCAAGACAGUCAUUGCUAUAGACUAUUACAACAUGUUUACGAGCACCUUCACGCUGACUGCCAUGAGUGUGGACCGCUAUGUGGCCAUCUGCCACCCGAUCCGUGCUCUUGACGUCCGAACAUCCAGCAAAGCCCAGGCUGUCAAUGUGGCCAUUUGGGCCCUGGCCUCUGUGGUUGGUGUUCCUGUUGCCAUCAUGGGCUCAGCACAGGUGGAAGAUGAAGAGAUCGAGUGUCUGGUGGAGAUCCCAGCCCCCCAGGACUACUGGGGACCCGUGUUUGCUGUUUGCAUCUUCCUCUUCUCCUUUAUUAUUCCUGUCCUCAUCAUCUCUGUCUGCUAUAGCCUCAUGAUCCGGCGACUCCGUGGUGUCCGCCUGCUCUCAGGCUCCCGAGAGAAGGAUCGGAACCUGCGGCGCAUCACACGACUGGUGCUGGUGGUGGUGGCUGUGUUUGUGGGCUGCUGGACGCCUGUGCAGGUCUUUGUCCUGGUCCAGGGUCUGGGUGUCCAGCCAGGCAAUGAGACAACUGUGGCCAUUCUGCGCUUUUGCACAGCCCUGGGCUAUGUCAACAGUUGUCUCAACCCCGUCCUCUAUGCCUUCUUGGAUGAGAACUUCAAGGCCUGCUUCCGAAAAUUCUGCUGUGCAUCUGCCCUGCACCGGGAGAUGCAGGUGUCUGAUCGUGUGCGCAGCAUUGCUAAGGAUGUGGCGCUUGGCCAUAAGACCACUGAGACAGUGCCAAGGCCUGCAUGACUAGGCGUGGACCUGCCCAUGGUGCCUGUCAGCCCACAGAGCCCAUCUACUCCAAACACGGAGCUCACGCAAGUCACUGCUCUUUAGACUGACGCCUGAGCCUGAGUUUCUGAAGCCUUGGAUGGUUUCCGUUUGGCCCAGGGAUACACAGUCCCGCGGGAGGACCUAGUGCACCAUGGGACAGGUCAAAGUGUUAGUGCUGCCUCUGUAGGACUAAAGUCGCCACCCUGGGUCAGAGGCAGAGAGGAUGUAAGAACACGGCCUGGAAAACCCCUUCACAGUGUCUUGUAGAUUCAGCGGACACACCUACCUGGGGCCUGCAUUCAC